AUGUCCUGCUUACAUUAUUCUGAUUCAGAUAAAGGCUUCAACCUGGACAAUACUAUGAAGAAAGACAACCAGUCCUGUUUGACUGAGAUGAUCUUGAUAGGUUUCUCAGAUUUCAAGACAAUACAAGAGCUUUUAUUUUGCCUGGUUCUAAUAUUCUACUUCAUAGCCUUGAUGGGCAACAGCCUGGUUUUGAUCGUCACUAUUUUAAGCCCUACCCUUCAUACCCCAAUGUACUUCUUCCUCUGGAACCUGUCUUUUUUGGAAAUCGGCUAUACCUCCUCCAUCAAUCCAAAGAUGCUAAUGAACUUAUUAUCAAAGAAUCAGACUAUAUCCCUUUGGGGUUGUGGAUGUCAAAUGUGUUUCUUUGUUCUUUUUAGUGUCACUGAAUGUUGUCUUCUUUGUGUCAUGGCAUAUGACCGCUAUGUUGCCAUUUGCAAACCUUUGCAAUACCCAUAUAUCAUGAACUACAGGGAAUGUGUUAAUUUUGUUGCUGCAUCAUGGGUCUUUGGGAUUUUGAUGGGUUUGGGGCAAUCUGUUUCAAUAUUCACCCUUCCAUUCUGCAGGUUGAAUAGAAUCAGCCAUUUCUUCUGUGAUAUUAUGCCUGUUUUAAGACUGACUUCCACCGAUACUUACAAAAAUGAAGUGGCCAAUGCCAUACUAACCAUGGUAUUUGCCCUGGUACCCCUUUUGUUCAUCCUUUUUUCCUAUAUCCUCAUCAUCUCUACUAUUCUCAUGAUGCCAGCGGCUAAGAACAGGCAGAAAGCAUUUUCCACUUGUUCCUCACAUCUCACUGUUGUUCUUCUCUACUAUGGAACAAUCACUGCAGCCUACAUUCAUCCCAACUCAGCAAAUUCUCAGGACAAUAACAGGUUCCUUGCCCUACUCUACACAGUAGUGACCCCAAGCUUGAACCCCAUCAUUUACAGCCUGAGGAACAAAGAGAUAAAAGCUGCUUUCAAGAAAACAGUAGCAAAGUUAUGUGUCUUCCUUAGGUAA